UUGUGUCGAAUCAGCCAUGUGCUGAGAUACGGCAAUGACUAACACUGUUGCACUCGCGAGCAGACGAAAGUUGCUGCAGUGGUGGUGAUUGCGGUACCAACUGCCUGUACCAACGUGGUAACGUUGGCUGUACCGUCGGGUCUGCAAAUACCUAAUAGUUGUGUGGUGUUCUGCGCCUCUGUGCAUCGCGAAGCCUGGCCAGCGAUUAUGGCAUUGUGCCGGCUACAAGCUGUACUGGGAAACCGAGCUUCCAGAUGUCUUUGGAAGCCUGUAUUGCUGCUUAGAAAUCGAUCCUUCCUGGAGGAGCAGGCAUGUCUGCUAUUUUGUUCAACCUCCAGAAGCAAUACUCUUGUACAAGAAACAGUCAGAUUAAAUGUUGUGACGGGAAGACCAUUCGUGAAUCCUGAAUAUGCUAAAACAUCGCAUCAGGAGACAAAAGCAGGUUAUAGCACAAGUCAUUACGAGGAUGCUGCUUCGUUGGAUAAGUUGAGUUGUGACUAUGAGGAAGUCAAGGACCUACUGGAGAAAGGGAAAGCCUUCUUUGUCGAUGUGAGGGAGCUGAAAGAACUUGUCAAUGAUGGGCGCAUACCAGGUUGCGUCAACAUUCCAUUGAAUGAAGUCGGUGCUGCCUUGGAGCUACCACCAGAGAAGUUCAAGGAAAAGUAUGGUCGUGACAAGCCUUCUCCAGAUGAUCCCAACGUUAUUUUUUCCUGCCGAAAAGGUGUUCGUGCUACGAGUGCCAUGCAGACUGCUCAUGCCAGAGGAUACCAUGCUGCCCGGUUCUACAGAGGCAGCUUCUGUGACUGGGAGCAACGUGGAGGAGAGGUGAUCAAGGGAUGAAUGCUGCCGUAUUCAAUUAAGUCUCUUGGAGGAAUAGCUAGCAGAAUUGAUAGUUUACAAAAUUAUUUUGGCUUUUAGACUGAGUAGUGUGGCCAUUUCCUUAAAUGCAUGCUGCCUCAGAGAAUUAAGCACAACUAUAUAUGUCCACUUGGGCUUUGGUACUGCUAACUGACCUCUAGCGAAAUUAAUGCUGCCAUUAAGUGCGUAUAUUACAGCACGAGAACCUAUUUAAUAUAUAGUCUUUGGUACAAUGAAACAUAGCCCUAUGAAAAAUGACCUGCUGUAGAUUUAAUUGUGGCUUUGUGUCCAAUUGUAUAACUGCAGAUGCCUUAAUUUGAGAGAAUUCCGAAUGCCCCUACUGUACACACUUUCUGUUUAGGCAGCCUGUAGUGCUAUAUAGCAUUUUAUAACUUAACAGAAAAGUGCUAAUUGAGUCAUGAGCAGUGUCGUGUUUCUUGUGACAGCCUACUCAUGUUUAUGCAAGACACUGAAAGUUAUUUGCAUGGGAAACUACCUUUGGCUGUGCUAUGUACCCUCACCAUCUGUCGCACGUAAAAAUCAAAGAUCAUUCACCCUGAUUUCUGCAGGUGCAGUAUGCAAUAAAAGUCUUCAGUUGGUGUCU